ACUCAUGACCCUGAGAUCGAGAGUAGCACACUCUUCCAACUGAGCCAGCCAGGCGCCCUGAAGACAGGGAUUUUUCAUCGUUUUUAUUUCUGCAAUGCUCACAGUAUCACAUGAGUAAAGCAUUCACACUCCAGAUUCUCCUUCACAAAACACAGGUCUUGCGUCUGUGGCAUCUGCACCCUUCUGUAGGGCCCCUGUGUGUCACUGCAACGCUUCCGCUGCUAGGCCCUCCCGCAGAAACUUCUCGGACUGUCUUCAGCCAUCUGCAGCGUUCUUGGCCCUGUGGACCAUGAGUCUCUCCGGAGCAGGGACUAUGCAUAUAGCGACUCAGUAAGCGUCCACCAAGCAAAUGGUCUCUAGAGGGUGUGCACCACACUAGAGACCCAGAGCUUUGGGGGCCAGAAGAAAGGACUGGAUAAAGUUGAGUUCCCCUCUUGAGCCCACAGGUCCCUGGAACAUGGGAACCAACCAGGCUGUGGAGCGUGAAGGUGGAGGCAGGUCCUUCCUUCUGAGCCCAGGGAGCCAUCCGAUGCUCCUUGUCAGAACUUGGAGAUCCUUAAGAGUGAAGAAGGCCCGGAUCUUCUGCUUCUCCGGAUUAGGAAGACCAGAAGAGAAAUAAAAUUGCUUCCACUCUGGGAAAACUCAGGAGAGGCGAUCAUGGAGACUUGGACCUCAAGGCCUGGGGAGAGAGCUGUCUGCCCUCAAGCCUCAGCCCUUUCUCAGGAUGGGGAGGACAAGACCAAGUUUCAGGAGCCAUUGACCUUCAGGGACGUGGCGGUGGUCUUCACUGAGGAGGAGCUGAGGCUGCUGGACUGCGCCCAGAGGAAGUUGUACCAAGACGUGAUGCUGGAGAACUUUAGGAACCUGCUCUCUGUGGGAGACAAGAAUGAAAAGGAAAUGGAGUAUAUUCAAGAAAGAGAAUUAAAGUGCCUUUCCUCCAGGGAGCUCUCUUACUGGAAAAUCUGGGAACAGGUGACUGGUGAAUUAACUGGGAGUCAGGAUCAUAGAGUAAAUCUUCAAGGGAAAAGUUUCCAGUUCUCAGAAGACGCUUCUCCCUGCCAAGGGUGGGAAGGAGCACCUGCUCGGGGUUCACACAUUGACAAUCUGGUGGGCAGUCUACAGAGACCCAUCGGCUCAGAAAAUCAAGAGUUUCCACCCUGGAAAGCUGUAAGACCGGUAUCCGGUCAAGAUUCUUGGAUGAAAGCCUUUGUGAAUGAGCCGGGGAACAUUCGUGAAAGGUGUAAAAAACUUGACAGGCCAGAUACAAUAUAUAAACAUGAGGGGGACAGUUACGACUUCAGCUGGUUAUCACGUUGUCACACUGACCACAGAUUCCCUGAAAGAGAGAGGCCCUGUAAUUGCUAUCGGUGUGGAAAGGACCGCGUUAAAAAGCCGAUACUUCAUCGCCCUAACAACCCCCAAGAGUAUGACCGGAAAAGAAAUGGCUGUGGAAACGGCUGCAGGGAAGAGUCCCACCUUCCCACUCAUCCAAGAGGGCCCUCGAGAGAGAAACCCCAUAAAAACGAGUUCGGCCCGGGCUUGAGGCCGACCGCCCACCUCGAGAGACCGCAAAGGACUCCUUCGGGCGAGAAAGCCUCUAAAAGUAAGGAGUGCGGCCGGGGCCCGCGGCAGAACCCGCGCGGGCCCAGCAGGCCCCGGGCCCCUGCCGCGGAGAUGCCCUACAGCUGCGAUGUGUGCGGGAAGGGCUUCCGCUACCAGUCGAUCCUCCUCAUUCACCAGGGCGUGCAUACGGGCAAGAAGCCGUACGCGUGCGAGGAGUGUGGGAAGGCCUUCGGCCGCAGCUCAAACCUGCUGGUCCACCAGAGGGUCCACACCGGCGAGAAGCCGUACAAAUGCGGCGAGUGCGGGAAGGGCUUCAGCUACAGCUCGGUGCUGCAGGUGCACCAGCGGCUGCACACGGGCGAGAAGCCCUACACGUGCAGCGAGUGCGGCAAGGGCUUCUACGCCAAGUCGGCGCUCCACAAGCACCAGCACGUGCACCCCGGGGAGAAGCCCUACAGCUGCGCCCAGUGCGGGCAGGGCUUCACGUGCAGCUCCCACCUCAGCAGCCACCAGAAGGCGCACGCGGGCCAGAAGCCCUACCAGUGUGACAAGUGCGACAAGGGUUUCAGCUACAACUCGUACCUCCAGGCGCACCAGCGCGUCCACACGGGGCAGCGGCUCUUCGAAUGCGACGUGUGCGGCAAGGGUUUCAGUUACAGCUCGGGGCUCCUCCGGCACCAGCGGCUGCACACGGGCGAGAAGCCCUACAAGUGCGAGUGCGGGAAGGGCUUCGGCCGCAGCUCCGACCUGCACGUCCACCAGAGGGUCCACACCGGCGAGAAGCCCUAUAAGUGCGUCGAGUGCGGGAAGGGCUUCCGGCGGAAUUCAGACCUGCAUAGCCACCAGAGGGUCCACACGGGCGAGCGGCCCUUCGUGUGCGACGUGUGUGGGAAGGGCUUCAUUUACAGCUCCGACCUCCUCAUCCAUCAGAGGACGCACACGGGCGAGAAGCCCUACAAGUGCGCCGAGUGCGGCAAAGGCUUCAGUUACAGCUCGGGGCUCCUCAUCCACCAGAGGGUGCACACCGGCGAGAAACCUUACAAAUGCGAGGAGUGCGGUAAGGGCUUCCGGUGCACCUCAAGUCUCUACAAGCACCAGCGCAUCCACACGGGCAAGAAGCCCUACACGUGUGAUCAGUGCGGCAAGGGCUUCAGUUACGGCUCCAAUCUCCGCACCCACCAGAGGUUGCACACGGGCGAGAAGCCCUACACGUGUUACGAGUGUGGCAAGGGCUUCAGAUACGGCUCAGGGCUCCUCAGUCACAAGAGGGUGCACAGCGGGGAGAAGCCUUAUAGAUGCGACGUGUGCGGGAAGGGCUACAGUCAGAGCUCACACCUUCAGGGUCAUCAGAGGGUCCACACGGGCGAGAAGCCCUACAGAUGCGAGGAGUGUGGGAAGGGCUUUGGCCGAAGCUCCUGUCUUCACGUCCACCAGAGGGUCCACACGGGCGAGAAGCCCUACACGUGCGGGCAGUGCGGGAAGGGCUUCAGCUACAGCUCGGGCCUGCGGAAUCAUCAGCGGGUGCACGGGAGUGAGAAACCUGACAAGUAGGCGAGCGUUCGGAUGGCAUCCCGAACUUUCUGCUCACCCGAGCGCCGGCGCGGGAGGAAGCCUUUGGGAACGUGCUGUGUAGGGUCGGCUGCUGGGGGAGGCUGUCCUGGUCACGCGGCCCUUGCUGCGGAGGAAGGAAAGACCCGGAAGUUCGAGAAGCGGGAAGAGCGCUUGAGUCGCGGGCUUCCUCGUCUCCGAGAGUAUGUCGCCCGGCGGGCCGUCCUUAAGGAAGCAGGGGCGGGGCCUCAGUAAAGAUCGUCACUCUCCUCAGAGUCGGCCCAGGAGGGAGCGCUUCUAAAUGAGAGGAGCAGGUGGUGGACACGGAUGCCUUGGUGGGGGUGGGGGGUGGGUGGAAAAUACCCGCAGAUGGGACAAAUGUAGGAAAGAAUGGCCACCUUGCUAAAACCGAUAUUGUGUGUACCUUUUAGAAGAUUGAUUUUACAGAAAUUGAAAGAUGGUGUUACUGUGGGUUGAGGCCAGUCGCUUUUAGAAGAGCAGGAACAGUUAGAGGGAGGGUCCCCCUCUUGGCAGGUGUGGAUGAUGUGUCUCCACAUACACCUUUUUAUGUCACGUGGUGGUGAAUGUGUUUCAUCUCCUAGAGAUAAACUGCUCUCCUAGAGAGGUCGUACUGAACUGCGGAGCCGUUUCAUUUUAUCAGGUUGGUUCUGUUUUGUUUUGAAGUAGGCUCCAUAUGGGCCCGGCAGGGAGCCCAGUGUGGGGCUUGAACUCACAACCCCGAGAUCCAGACCUGAGACGAGGUAAGAGUCGGACGCUCAACCGACUGAGCCACCCAGGCACCCCUCAUUUUACCAGGUGUUAAACACGAAAGCCAAUUGGCGUUGCAUUGAAUUUAUAGGUUAAUUUGUUUUAUUGCUAUCAUGGGUAUAAUGCUUCUGCCCCAUUUCAUUUCAUGUUUUUAAACAGACAAGACAACUAUUAGAGCAUUUUAAAGAAUCAGAAAUACCAUUUGAACUUGUCAGAAUAGCCGUGGAAAAAUAGAGUCACCAAAACCACCAUCAGUGGGGAUCUGUGGAAACCUGCACCUGUGAGUUUAUUGGUGGGGGGUGAAAAAAAGUAGUCUUUUGGGAAAGAAUUUGUCAGUGUAUCAAGUUCAGAUUCGUGUAACCUUUGAAGUGGCAAUAAGUGUGUAGUAAUUGAUACUUGGGAGGUAGUUGCACAUACGGAAAAAGAUGUAUGCAUAUGACUGAGUUUCUUAGCAUUUUCUUACCAUAGCAAAAUAAAAAAAAAUAUUAAUACUCCAAGUGUAAUAAAUUAAGGCACAUGUAAAUGAGUGAAAACCACUAAGAAUAUUCAGGUACACCUACAUAGACAUUGAAGGUUGCCCACAAACCAUUUUGUGAACCAAGAAAGUUGGAGAGCCAUUUUAGUAUGGCCCCGUUUUGUUAAUAUGCUUUUUGCGUGUGUAUGUUUAUAUAGAGAGAAAGACACAAAAAUGUGUGAAAGGUCAGUCUGAUAACUGCUUAUCUUUAGUAAGUGGGAUGCGGGGUGUGUAAUAACAUUUGUGUACUUGUAUGUAUUUUACUUUUUAACACAGUAUAUAUAUCAAUUUUAUAACAAUAGUAAAGCUAUUUUUUUUAAAAAAAAUUAGUCUGGUGGAACAGUGCCUUAUGGUCAAAGAUCCAUGUCACAACCUCUAUACUUCUGUUGUUGUUGCUUUUUCUACUGUUUACUUAGCACCUAGUACCAAA